CAGAGACAGUUUGCGGCGGACUUUAAGUUUGGCGUUGGCACAUCGGCCUACCAGAUCGAAGGUGGGUGGAAUGAGGGUGGCAAGGGUGAAUCGAUCUGGGAUCAUCUCACGCACAACUACCCGCGGAAGGUGGUCGAGGGUGCGAACGGAGAUGUUGCCUGCGACAGCUACCACCAGUGGAAGCGGGAUGUGCAGAUGGUGAGGGAGCUCGGUGUGGACUGGUACCGGUUCUCGAUCUCCUGGCCGCGCAUCAUGCCGACGGGCCUUAGCAAUAACAUCAGUGAGGCAGGACUGCGGUACUACAGCGAUUUAAUCGACGAACUGCGACGGUACAACAUCUCGCCGAUGGUGACGCUGUACCAUUGGGAUCUUCCCCAGCGGCUGCAGGAGAUGGGUGGAUGGCUGAACAAGCGGAUGGUGCAGUACUUCGUGGAGUACGCACGGGUUGUGUUCGAGAGAUUAGGCGACCGAGUGCAACUCUGGACGACAAUCAACGAGCCGUGGCACGUGUGUGAGAAUGCUUACGGACGAGACGACAUGUCGCCUGGGUUAAACUUCCCCGGCAUCCCUGCCUAUUUGUGUGGGCACAACGUUUUAUUGGCUCACGCCGAAGCAGUUCGGUUGUAUCGGAGUAGUUUCGCUUCAACACAACGCGGUUCAAUCGGUAUUUCGUUGGAUUCACGCUGGGCAGAACCGGACCAAGACACACAAGAUGAUCGCGAAGCCGCAGAGUGGCAAAUGCAGUUCCAUCUCGGCUGGUUUGCGCAUCCCAUCUUCACGGAGAAAGGCGACUACCCGGAGCUUAUGAGAUAUCGCGUGGGUAACCUCAGUUUGGAGCAAGGGUUUUCCCAAUCGCGUCUACCGACGUUCACCCCGCAAGAAAUUGCCCUUCUUCGUGGUUCGUCGGACUUUUUCGGCUUGAACACCUACACGACGUCGUUGGUGCGCAAAAACCAUCAAAACGCGGCCGGUUACCCAGUGCCGUCUUAUUUGGACGAUAUCGGUGUGAUAGAGUCUGCCGAUCCCGACUGGCCGGUGGCUGAAGAGACGUCCUGGAUUAAGAUAGUACCGUUUGGCCUGCACAAGCUCCUGAACUGGAUCGACACCAACUACAACAGGCCGAUCAUCUACAUCACGGAGAAUGGUAUCGGAUCGGGACCGGGUACAAAGGAUCCACAGCGCGUUGGGUACUUCAAUGGUUAUCUGAAUGCCGUGCUAGAUGCGAUCGAGGACGGUUGCAAAGUGCACGGGUACGUCGCCUGGAGCUUGAUGGACAACUUCGAGUGGAGGGACGGCUACUCUCAAAAGUUUGGCCUGUACUACGUCGACUUCAACGAUCCCCAGCGUACGCGUUACGGCAAGAUGUCGGCGAAGGUGUUUGCAAACGUCGUCAAAACGCGCAAAAUUGACCCGGACUACAAACCGGAUCCGGAUGUGCUGAUACCGGAUGCAACGGGCAAUGGCUACUCGCUUCUGCCGGAUGUGCUUGUAUUUGUGGCGACCACGCUGGCUGCGACCGUUGCACGCAGGAUGGUGCGAGGUUUAUGA